AUGCGGAUGCUUGCGUAUGGAAGUAUAGCCGACGCACUUGAUGAUGGUUAUGCCAUGGCCGAGAGCACCAUUUUGGAGUGCGUCAAGGAGUUUGCAAGCACUGUCAUUUCCGUGUUUGAGGAAUACUAUCUGCGACCACCUAAUCAGGCCGAGUUGAAUAGGAUUUUAAUGGAGAAUGAAGCUAGAGGCUCAUGCAACGACCUCAAUAUUUUGGACCGUUCACCUAUGUUUGAUGACCUUGCCAAUGGAAGAACUCCUCAAGUUGAAUUCUUUGUCAAUGGCAACGGGUAUGACAUGGCAUACUACCUAGCUGACAAGAUAUAUCCUGAGUGGGCGACACUGGUGAAAACAAAGAGUGAGCCUGUGAAUCCAAAAGACAGUACCUUUGCCGAUGCCCAAGAAUCUGCCAGAAAGGAUGUUGAGCGUUGUUUCGGUGUCCUUCGGUCUAGGUUUCGUAUCAUACAACAAGCUGGUAGAAUGUGGAGUCCGCAUGACAUGAACACAAUUAUGCGGGCUUGUAUCAUUCUUCAUAAUAUGAUCAUCGAGUCCGAGCGGGACAUGGUCCUGGAUGAGAACGAGUUUCAUGAGCCCACUGAUCAGCCAAUUCCAAGAGAUAGGAACGUUGCCGAGAUCAAUGCUUUGAUGGCUGCAUACCACAAGAUCCAGGACAAGCCUACAUCCCAGCGCCUCCAGGAGGAUCUCAUCGAACAUCAUUGGAUGUUGAAAGGGAAUGAACAAGGGCCAUAUGCACGCCGGGCACGUCAGUAA